AUGCGGCUACUGCACACCAAAGACCUUCAGGUACACGAGUUCGCCCCUGGCAAUGCUCCCGAAAAGUAUGCCAUCCUUUCUCACACAUGGGAAGAGGAAGGAGAGGUUACACUCCAAGAUAUAGAAAAAGGGCAUGCACCAGCGAUGAAAGGCUAUAUGAAGCUCAAGAAUAGCUGCCGAAAAGCGGUGAACGACGGGUACCACUGGAUCUGGAUCGACGCCUGCUGUAUCGACAAGACGAGUUCGGCAGAGCUGAGCGAAGCCAUCAACUCAAUGUUCAAGUACUACAGCCAUUCCAGCGUCUGCUAUGCAUAUCUAGCCGACAUUGAGAACCAAGAAAGCUUGGAAAAGAGCAAAUGGUUCACACGAGGCUGGACGCUGCAGGAGCUUCUGGCCCCCCGGGUUGUCAUCUUUUUCGAUAGCCUUUGGACGGAGCUUGGGACAAAGCAAUCUUUUUCCCAGCAGAUAUCCUUCACGACUGGGAUUCCAGAAGAAGUGGUACUAAGCAGAUCCGUCCAAACAUGUAAUGUGGCUCAACGGAUGUCAUGGGCUUCGCAACGACAGACCACGAGAGAUGAAGACAUCGCCUACUGUCUAUUGGGCCUCUUCGACGUCCACAUGACUCCCAUAUACGGCGAAGGCGCCGAAAACGCGUUUCUCCGCCUUCAAGAAGAGAUCCUUCGCCAGAGCUCGGAUCAUACAUUGUUCAUCUGGACGCCAAAACAUGAUCCUUACAACCAAGGCUUAUUGGCUAGUUCGCCUAAAGCAUUUUGCACUCAUCCCGAGUGCUUCGACUGGAUGAGUGAGCUUCGAGCGAGGCAAGGUCCCUUCGAACCUUAUGCGCACCUGAGGAGAGUACCCAACACCACCUCGAAACAGUUUUUCACCCGUGACAAAAGGACAGGCAGGACUGGAUUUCUUCCAGAGGAGGACCAGGAACAUCGCACUCCAGCAUCCGCAUCGCUCGGCCAGUCAGGCUUACAGAUAUCGCUUCAUUCUCAUGUCAAGGACGAAAGCGAACUCUCGCUACUCCUGGGUACUAAUACAAAAGUUCUCCUAUUCGACCUCCUUCUCAUUGACACUGAUGCGCGGGCACCCAUCCAACUGGCAUUGGCUCGUGACAUAGAUCCCGACUUUGCUGAGGGCUUCGCGCCUAAUAGAUUGGGUGCAUGGAGGCGCCAUGUCCACUCGGAAUUUUUUGCUUCAUAUUUGAAGGAGUCUGUUGAGAUGUCAUUUGAACGAGUACCAGUCACCAUUUCCCAAAUCAAAACUCCCGUCCCCUACUCCGGGGACCCCCUUGCUUUCGGGUUUCGCGGGCAACAAAGCGAGGAACUCGUUUCCUCUGUGCUACUCGCGGAGCCGGAGGGCUGUUUGAAACGCAUCUCCAUAUUACGAGAGUCGUUCCGAGGUCAUGGGGGUAUUGUCGUUUUGAACCACUCUUGCACUCAAUGCGACCCUCGAUAUAAAGUUGCAUUCUUCUUCGGAGGCCACGACAGAAUAUAUCGGCCCUGGUGCUGUAUGGGCCGUACCGCCGCCUUGGGAGAAGAUGAUUCUCCGGCGACUGAUUCAUAUACGUUGUAUGAAUCGCAAAAAUAUCAGAGUGCCAGAUUCGGUCCUACCACAAGCACGUAUCUGCCAUGCAAGGUGCUAGUAAGUGGGCAGAUCGACUAUGGUGCAGAGGAGGACUGCUAUUUCAUUGCAUUGACCUCAGUGCUGCAGAUUACCUACAGUGUGUCAGCUUCCUGA